AUGUUGCAAAAAAUUGUGCUAAGACGUGGCUUGUCCACUUUGAUUCCUCCAAAAGUCGUGUCGCCUCAGAACCUGGGAUCCGCUCCAAAUGCCCAAAGGAUCAAUAAAGUCGUCGACUUCUACAAACGCCUGCCACAAGGCUCGCAGCCUGCUGCUGCCCCAAACGGUCUCGUCGCAAGAUACAAGGCAAAGUACUUUGACGGAGACAACGCCGGCCUGAAGCCAGUCGUUCAUCUCGUGGCCGGGAUCUUGGUUCUGGGAUACUCGAUGGAAUAUUACUUCCAUCUAAGACACCACAAGAACGGCGAGCACUAG